GAGAUUAUAGGAAGUAUGGAGUGCCUCUUUGAGCUUUCUUUAAAUGAAACUGCCAUUGAAGAAUUGCCUCUGUCUGUUGAGCUUCUAUCUGGACUUGUAUACUUGAAAUUGGAAAGAUGCAAAAAUCUUUCGAGUCUUCCAAGUACUAUAAAUGGCUUGAAAUCUCUUUCAACCUUGUCUCUCUCUUAUUGUUCGAGACUUGUGAGUCUUCCAAGUACUAUAGAUGGCUUGAAAUCUCUUCAAUUUCUAGUCCUCAGUCAUUGCUUUGAACUUGUGAGUCUCCCAAAUACAAUAAAUGGUUUGGAAUCUCUUUAUAUUCUCAAUCUCUCUGAUUGCUCCAAACUUGAAAGUCUGCCAGAUACUUUGGGGCAAAUAGAAACUUUGCGUAUUCUCAGAUUACAUAAAACUGCCAUAAGACAAGUGUCAUCCCUUUUUUCUAUGAAGAAUCUUUCAGAAUUAGAAUUUUGGGGAUGCAAAGGAUCACCAUCAAAAUCAUUUUUUAAGAAAAGUUCAAAUCCCAUGACUUUGAUAUUGCCUUCUUCGCCAUCUAAUUUGUGUUAUCUUACAAAGUUGGAUCUUAGUGAUUGUAAUCUUGGGGAAGGAGCAAUAACUAGUGAUUUGCUUGGAAGCUUCAUCUCAUUGAUGGUUUUAGAUCUAAGCCAAAACAAUUUUGUUUCUUUACCUGGUAGCAUCAAUCGUCUUUCUAACCUUAGAGUUCUUGGGUUGAACUAUUGCGCGAGGCUUCAAAUUCUGCCAAAACUUCCUUCCGAUGUUCGCAAACUUAAAGUAAACAGUUGCAUUUCCCUGGAAAGAUUAUCUAAUGCAUUAAGAUUAUGCAAUUCGAAUUUGUCAGAAAUUUCAUGUCACUGUUUCUUGAAACUCAAUGGUGGUGGUGAGGCAUUUUCAAUUAUGAAGGAACACCUCAAGGCAAAUCAAAGUAAUAGAUUUAGCAUGGUUGUUCCAGGAAGUGAAGUUCCAGAGUGGUUCAAGCAUAAGAGUGACGGUAAUUUAAUAAAAAUAGAAAAGCCGCCAGAUUUGAACAAUAAUAAUAGCAAGUACUUGGUGGGAUAUGUUAUGUGCUCUAGAUUUUUUGACAAUAAUAUGUCUUUUGCUAAUAUUGGUGGUCGUUCUGGCAUAAAUGUUGCUGUCUGUGAUGUGUUCGAUAACGAUCCAAGGAAGAACGGUUAUGUUGUAGAGGUUGAUUAUGAAGUUGGCUUGCGCGUGCCUAAGUCAGAUCAUCUUUGGCUACUCUAUUUCCCUGAUGAGAAAAUCAAAUGAUUUAAUAGUCCCAAUUUCCAAAUUUCAUCAUCAAAUUGCCGAGUGAAAGGGGUUGGAGUCCAUCCUAUAUAUAAGAAUGAAGAUUUUGAGUGAGUUUCAUUGAUCAAGAUUCUGUUGAGCCAAGGCUUUGCUGUCAAUGCUGCAUUGUGUUUAUGUUGUUUGUUUGAGAGUU